AUGAGCACCGGAGCGAAGAAGCGUAUUAUGAAGGAGUACGGCGAGUGCAUGGCUGACACACCGCCGGGUAUGAAGAUCAACUUCGACGAGCAGAACAUGACCAAGUGGGAGGUGUUGAUGGACGGGCCAGCCCAGUCGGCGUACGCUGGCGGCCACUUCAAGCUCGAGAUUACCUUCCCGACCGAAUACCCCUUCAAGCCACCCGUCGUCAGCUUCCGAACCAAGAUCUACCACCCCAACGUCAGCAACGACGACAAGGGGUCCAUGUGCCUGGGUCUGCUGCGCGCUGACGAGUGGAAGCCGCCAAACAAGGUGGUGUCCGUCCUGCGCCUCAUCCAGACGCUGCUCAUCGAGCCCAACCCCGACGACGCCAUCGAGCCGUCCAUUGCCAACGAGUACCGGGAGAACCGCAAGGAGUUUGAGAAGAACGUAAAGGACUGGGUCAAGCGCUAUGCCAAGUGA